CAACACCUUCUCUGUUCCCUUCUCUACUGCUUAUGCGCAGUCCGUGGCUUCAAAAGAAUUGUCCAAUUCUUUCCGCACGAAGCUAGCGAUCUGCUGCCUUGCGUCGGUCUACUAGAAGGAAUGCUGCUUUCCGUAGAUGGGAGUGGUGAUGAAAAAAAUGCGCCAACGACGCCGUGGGCUACAAAAUAUGUUAAGGCCCUUACUAACGUAAGUAAGCUGUUGAGCAGCGCCAGGAUCAUUUUCCAGGGAAGUCCCUUUGUGCCACGUUUAUAGGUUCUUGGAAGAAAGCCCAAGGAAAGAAAAACGAAGAGUCAUGCAAAUAGAACUAGAAUAAACUCUGCGACAAAUAUUCCCCAACGGAUACCUCGAUCAUCAUUGUCAUCAUCAUCAUCAUCAUCAUCAUAGUCGCCGUCAUCAUCUAAGUCCUUGCUUUUUCUCUGGCUAGCGAUGAUUCUCUAUUCGCCCUUCGACCUGCGCACAAUUUUCGCUGAAGAAGAACGCAGCCCGGUGGAAAAGGUGCUAGAGCUAGCCAAACUUGGACUUCGAGAUCCUUCGCGGCUACGCGAAGCGGCGGCUUUUCUCCUCGGCAAACUCUUCGCGCGUAAAGACUGCGAUCUGUGGCCCAAGUUCGCGAAAGACUGCCAAAGCGAACUUCUGUGUUCCCCACCCACAACAUUUUCAUCUACUUCUUCUUCACCAACUAAAACAAACGACAAUAUCCUUUC